GGGCCAUCGCCACCUCGAUCAUCGUCCCUGGCUGCCUCCGCUUCUGGUCUUCAUGCCUCCACCUUCCCCUCCACCCGUCGCAAUCCUCGUUGCAUCAGUAUCCCUCGUGUCGUCCAACAAGGUGCUUCUGCAACUUGUUUUGUGCUAUCCAAGAAUAUUCAGUACUACAGGAUCCUGUAAUGGGAAUUAGUAAAACAGAAAUAAACUUAAGGAGGUUGCUUGCAGCCACAACUAAGCAACAAAAUCAAGCAAAACUCAUUCAUUAUGUUUCUUUUAUGCGAGAACAAUUGGAACAACUGGCUGAAGAAAGAAAUCCAGAUGGCUUACCAAGAGUUUCAAAGGCUAAGGUGAAUGAUUAUUCACAGAGGAUUGAAGCUGUUGCUUCCACAAUAGCUGUUGCCUCAUAUCUGGUAUCUGAAGAGUCUUUUGCCGGGAGUUCUGCAAAAGAAAGUCCUAAAGUGGAUGGAGAAACUCACUUCCCCGCUUCUCUGGGCUUGAGAAAAAGAUUUGUGGCAUCCUCAAAUAUUGAUAACGGAACUCAUGACAAUAAUCAGGUUCAUACAUCAGCACCUGUCAAACUGGAUACUUCUGCAAAAGCACACAUUGAAAACCACAGAAAGCUUCAGGAGGACUUGACUGAUGAAAUGGUCCAGUUGGCACAGCAACUCAAAGAAAGUAGUCUCCUGAUGAGCCAAUCUGUAGAAAAUACUGAAAAGAUACUUGAUUCGACAGAGAAGGCUGUUGAGCAGAGCUUGGCUAGCACUAAUCAUGCCAACGUACGAGCCUUUGAUAUAUACUCAAAAACUUCCAAGACCACAUGCUUUACAUGGCUUCUGAUUUUUUUAAUGACAUGUAUUUUCAUCAUGGUUGUACUCCUAAUUCGUGUCACUUGAAGUGUUCUCUGGUCCAUCGAUGGACAAUGUCUUUCCAAGUAUUCCUUUCGUUUCAUUUCAAGUGUUAAUUUGACAAUUUUUUUUGGUUAAAUAUGUAUUUAUUUAUACCUCUACAUUAAUUUGGAUUAAUUCAUUGAGCAUCUAAAUUAAAAUUAUAACC